AUGAGUGAUUCAAAUACUUAACUUUCUAGCAUCCUUAAGGGAUUAGCUCUAGCUGGAAGUGCAGCUAUUAGUGCUAUUGUAGCCAAUAAGUGCUCUCAAAGUAUUAACAACAGAGAAGUUUAAUUAAAGUAACUUCUCAAGCUCGUAGAAUAAAAAGCUGAAUCAUAAAGUGCUUAACCCUCUGAAUUAGAUGCUGAAAACGGGCUUGAUUAGUAAAUUUUGUCAGCUUUUGCAAAAUCUAAUAACUAAAAGAAAGAAAGCAGCCAAAAUUUAGAAAACGAACUUGCUCUUGAAAAGUAGAUUUCUAAGUCUGUUAACGAAUCCAAUAAACUCGUUCAUAAAAUUUGUAUUACUGGUGGUCCUUGUGCUGGUAAAACCUCAGGUUUGGUUCUUCUUUCUGAAAAGUUACGUGAUGAAGGUUUUAAUGUAUUUACUGUCCCCGAAGCUGCUACUAUGAUAGCAAAUGGAGGUGGUAUGAUUGAUAUGUCUCAUUACGAUGACACCUAGUAAAUUAAUUUCCAAAAGGCCUUGAUGAAGACUCAAGUACAACUUGAAGACUCGUUCCAUGGUAUUGCAAAGCUUUCAAAUAGAAAAUCUGUUAUUCUUUGUGACAGAGGUCUUAUGGAUGGAUCUGCUUAUCUUCCCCCUAACCUAUGGAACAAGAUGCUAGAAUAGAUGGGUUUAACUGAAGUCCAAAUUCGUGAUAAAAGAUACGAUUUAGUCAUUCAUUUAGUAACUGCUGCUGAUGGUGCUUAAAAUUACUACAACAAGGAUAAUGAUGUCAGACACGAAUCUCCUAGUGAUGCUAUUGUUGUCGACAGAAAGCUUUAACUCGCUUGGUUGGGUCACCCUAACUAUUAAAUUAUAGAUAAUAUUUCAGUGAAGAAUUUUGAAGACAAGCUAGAUAAGUUAGUAAGUAUAGUUAGACUAUCAGUUGGUCUCUCAGGAUCUCUUAAUAAAGUGCAUAAAAGAUAUUUACUCGAAUACUCUAACUUUGUUUCAUCAAAUGAAGCUAACAUUAAAAUACAAAAGUUCUAUAUUGAAGAUGUCUUCAUUUAACACAACUUACCUAUUAAAGAUAAAAAUCAUAAAAUAUAUACUAAAGUUCGUAGAAGAGGACAAGGUAGUUAAUUUGUCUACUUGUGGUCAUAAAAUGAAUUCAUAAAUGAUGUUUAGGUUUCUACUCAAAAGAAAUAACUCAACUUCAAAGAAUACCUCUUCUUAUUAUCUCUUCGUGAUCCCACACGCUAACCUCUCCUUAAAGAAAGAAUCUGUUUCAUGUGGGAAGGUAUCUAUUAUGUUAUCGAUACUUACUUAAAUGUAAAAGAAGGUUUCAGCUUACUCAAAGCUAAGCUUUAAGAAGAUUAAGAAAUUAAAAUCCCUGGAUUCAUCACUGUUAAACGUGAUGUCUCAAAUGAAAAGGGCUACACAAGUCGUGUCCUUGCCAAGAAAGAUUGGUACGUUCCUGAAGGAGAUGAAGAAAUAUUAAAUAUCAGAAAGGAUUCUCUCUGA